AUGGGAGCUAAUUCUGGAUAUUCACGCCAUCACGGACAUGUGCAAGGUUUUAAGAAAGAUUUUAGUCCGACAAAUGAUUAUCCUGGAUAUAUGCAUUGUCAGAAGAAGGACUACUCUCGGAGAUGCGACUACUGCAAAUUACUUCCCUCUGUAGUUCUUCAAAGGAAGAGUCCAUAUGAGAUUUUUUAUGGCAAGAAACCUUCUAUUGAUCACUUGCGAACCAUGGGUUGUCUUUGUUUUGCCAAGAAGUUGCCUGCGCAGGACAAGUUUGGUGCUAGAGCAAUAGAAGCUAGAAUCCCUUUUCCCUUCAAAUGCAAGACCACUGCCUCUACGCAGGAUCCCUUUUUUCAUGACAUUCCACUUGCUAGUGAUGUCUUACCCAUAUAUUUUCCUACAUCUCCACCAACUUCUGAUCCCUCACCACCUCCACCAGAUACUUCUGAGCCUUUUACUCCUACCGUUGAUCCCAAUUUAAACCCCAUUUCUAAACCACCUUCUGUAGACCCACCAGUUCCAACUCUCAUUGAGUCCCAAAGAAGUUAUGUUGGUCUGCGACCUUUAUGCAAACAGUCUUUAGCUGCUUUUACCUCAGUCGUGGAACCUCAGUCUUUCCAAGAGGCUUCUUCAGAUCCUCUUUCGGUUGAUGCCAUGAUUUCUAAGCUUCAAGAUCUUAUUGACUACAAGACCUGGAAACUAGUUCCAUUACCACCUGGGAAGACACCUAUUGGAGUUGUGAUAUCUAUUGCUGCAUCUUUUGAUUGGCCAAUCUACCAAAUGGAUGUCCAUAAUGCUUUUUUACAGGGCUAUUUACAUGAUGAGGGGUUGCUAGGUUCGCAGGUACAGGCUUUGUCGCCGGUUGGUGUUGGGUUGCCGGGUCGAUUCGAUUGA